GCGCGCUCCCGUGUUCGUCUCGCCCGCCUCCUGCCUGCUCCACACAGCUCUGUGGGGCUGCGCUGCCUGGACAGAGAGAUUUCUCCUCCGUUUGGAUACCUUCCCAUCUUCUCUUUGUUAUUUAUUUCCCCAGCUGCCCCCCUCUGAAGGGGCAAGCGUGAAAGUCUUUCUGAUUGCCAGAAAAUUCUUUUGCACUGUGUGGGCAGGAGACAGAUUCCACCCCCCACCCCCGUCCCUCGAACUGUCUCUUUUUCUCAUUUAUCAAUUUGUUUUCCGUUUCUUUCCCUCCUCUGCGCCUUCUUUCCGUAGACUUUACCUUCUUUCCCCUUCAAUUUCACCACCUCUCUUCCCUCCCUCUCCUUCCCUCCGGUCCCCUUCCCCCCACCCUUUUCCUCUUUUAAAACAAUUCAAGGAUGCCUCGGGAUUACUAGCACACCCUCCUUCAGCUGAGCGGGACUCUGCCUUAAUUCAAGAGCAAUGUUCUGUGAUGGUGCCCGCGAUGCGAGGACUGAGCCCAGGCCGAAGGCUGCCCGAGCCCGCCCUGUGCCCGGCUACGGGAGGGAGCCCUGAGCCCGGGGCUGCUGGCAGGCGCCGCCACGUCCUGGCCCUGCCCGAGGAGGAGGCAUGGCGGCCGCAGCAGUGUGCCCUGCUCGAGGCCGAUGCCUCCGACGAGGUGGGCAUGCUGCCCGCCUCCCCGCGCUCCGCGGUGGGCGGCUUCGACAACUUCUUUCCGGUGCAGGAGGGCGAGGGCCCGGGCUGGGAGGGCAGCACCACCCUGGAUGCAGGCUCCAGCCCCUUCCUCCCCGUGAGCCCAGAGGUCAUGAAGCGGAGGCGAGGGGGCCUCAUCGAACAGCGGGACAUCAUCAAGGCCCACGAGGCACACAAGAUGCAGAGCACCCCUCAGGCCCGGCGCAAGGAGUGGGAGAUGGCUCGCUUCGGGGAGGCGGUGGUCGUUGGCAGGCCAGGCUCGGGCGAUGGAGACUCGGACCAGAGCAGGAACCGGCAAGGAACCCCCAUCCCGGCCUCGGGGCCGGCGGCCGCCUACAAGCAGUCGAAAGCACAGAGGGCGCGGACUAUGGCUUUGUACAAUCCCAUUCCUGUCCGGCAGAACUGUUUCACCGUCAACAGAUCCCUGUUCAUCUUCGGAGAAGAUAACAUUGUCAGGAAAUACGCCAAGAAGCUCAUCGACUGGCCGCCAUUUGAGUACAUGAUCCUGGCCACCAUCAUUGCCAACUGCAUCGUCUUGGCCCUGGAGCAGCAUCUUCCUGAGGAUGACAAGACCCCGAUGUCCAGAAGACUGGAGAAGACAGAACCAUAUUUCAUUGGGAUCUUCUGCUUUGAAGCUGGGAUCAAAAUCGUGGCUCUAGGGUUCAUCUUCCAUAAGGGUUCAUACCUCCGCAAUGGCUGGAAUGUCAUGGACUUCAUUGUGGUCCUCAGUGGCAUCCUGGCCACUGCGGGAACCCACUUCAACACCCAUGUGGAUCUGCGGACCCUCCGGGCUGUGCGUGUCCUGAGGCCCUUAAAGCUCGUGUCAGGAAUACCUAGCCUGCAGAUUGUGCUGAAGUCCAUCAUGAAGGCCAUGGUGCCUCUUCUGCAGAUUGGCCUUCUGCUCUUCUUUGCCAUCCUCAUGUUCGCCAUCAUUGGCUUGGAGUUCUACAGUGGCAAGUUACAUCGAGCGUGCUUCAUGAACAAUUCAGGUAUUCUAGAGGGAUUUGAUCCUCCCCACCCGUGCGGUGUGCAGGGCUGCCCGGCUGGUUAUGAAUGUAAGGACUGGAUCGGCCCCAAUGACGGGAUCACCCAGUUUGACAACAUCCUUUUUGCUGUGCUGACUGUCUUCCAGUGCAUCACUAUGGAAGGGUGGACCACUGUGCUGUACAAUACCAAUGAUGCCUUAGGAGCCACCUGGAACUGGCUGUAUUUCAUCCCCCUCAUCAUUAUUGGAUCCUUCUUUGUUCUCAACCUUGUCCUGGGAGUGCUUUCAGGGGAAUUUGCCAAAGAAAGAGAGAGAGUGGAGAACCGGAGGGCAUUCAUGAAGCUGCGGCGCCAGCAACAGAUUGAACGCGAGUUGAAUGGGUACCGUGCCUGGAUAGACAAAGCAGAGGAAGUCAUGCUUGCUGAAGAAAAUAAAAACUCUGGAACGUCAGCCUUGGAAGUGCUUCGAAGGGCAACCAUCAAAAGGAGCCGGACGGAGGCCAUGACCCGAGACUCCAGCGAUGAGCACUGCGUUGAUAUCUCUUCUGUGGGCACACCCCUUGCCAGAGCCAGUAUCAAGAGCACGAAGGUAGACGGUGCCUCCUAUUUCCGGCACAAGGAACGACUUCUGCGGAUCUCCAUCCGCCACAUGGUCAAAUCCCAAGUGUUUUACUGGCUCGUCCUGAGUGUUGUGGCGCUCAACACUGCCUGUGUGGCCAUUGUCCAUCAUAACCAGCCCCAGUGGCUCACUCACCUCCUCUACUAUGCAGAAUUUUUGUUUCUGGGACUCUUCCUGUUGGAGAUGUCCCUGAAGAUGUAUGGCAUGGGGCCACGCCUUUAUUUCCACUCGUCAUUCAACUGCUUUGAUUUUGGGGUCACAGUGGGCAGUAUCUUUGAGGUUGUCUGGGCAAUCUUCAGACCUGGUACCUCUUUUGGAAUCAGUGUCCUACGAGCUCUCCGGCUCCUAAGGAUAUUUAAAGUAACCAAGUAUUGGGCAUCCCUCCGGAAUCUGGUUGUCUCCUUGAUGAGCUCCAUGAAGUCUAUCAUCAGCUUGCUCUUCCUCCUCUUCCUCUUCAUUGUUGUCUUCGCUCUCCUAGGAAUGCAGCUCUUCGGAGGCAGGUUUAAUUUUAAUGAUGGGACUCCUUCGGCUAAUUUUGAUACCUUCCCUGCAGCUAUCAUGACAGUGUUCCAGAUCCUGACAGGGGAAGACUGGAACGAGGUCAUGUACAAUGGCAUCCGCUCCCAGGGUGGGGUCAGCUCAGGCAUGUGGUCUGCCAUCUACUUCAUUGUGCUCACCUUGUUUGGAAACUACACACUGCUGAACGUGUUCUUGGCCAUCGCUGUGGACAACCUGGCAAAUGCCCAGGAAUUGACCAAGGAUGAGCAGGAGGAAGAGGAAGCCUUCAAUCAGAAACAUGCACUGCAGAAGGCCAAGGAGGUCAGCCCGAUGUCUGCUCCCAACAUGCCUUCCAUUGAAAGAGACAGAAGGAGAAGACACCACAUGUCGAUGUGGGAGCCGCGCAGCAGCCACCUGAGGGAGCGGAGGCGCCGGCACCACAUGUCUGUGUGGGAACAGCGGACCAGCCAGCUGAGGAGACACAUGCAAAUGUCUAGCCAAGAAGCCCUCAACAAAGAAGAGGCCCCACCCAUGAACCCUCUCAAUCCACUCAAUCCACUGAGCCCUCUCAACCCACUCAAUGCUCACCCCAGCCUCUAUCGGAGGCCCAGGCCCAUUGAGGGCCUAGCCCUGGGCCUGGGUCUUGAGAAGUGUGAAGAGGAGCGCAUUAGCCGUGGGGGUUCCCUCAAGGGAGAUAUAGGGGGCCUGACCAGUGCCCUGGACAACCAGAGGAGCCCCUUGUCCUUGGGCAAACGGGAGCCACCCUGGCUGGCCAGAUCCUGUCAUGGAAACUGUGACCCAACCCAGCAGGAGGCUGGGGGAGGAGAGACUGUGGUAACUUUUGAGGACCGGGCCAGGCACAGGCAGAGCCAGAGGCGCAGCCGGCAUCGCCGAGUCAGGACUGAGGGCAAGGAGUCUGCCUCUGCCUCCCGGAGCAGGUCUGCUAGCCAGGAGCGGAGUCUGGAUGAAGGGGUGUCCAUUGAUGGGGAGAAGGAACACGAGCCUCAAAGCAGCCACAGAAGCAAGGAGCCGACCAUCCAUGAAGAGGAGAGAACCCAGGACUUACGGAGGACUAAUAGUCUGAUGGUAUCCAGGGGCUCUGGACUGGUAGGAGCUCUUGAUGAGGCAGAAACACCUCUGGUCCAGCCCCAGCCUGAGUUGGAAGUGGGGAAGGAUGCAGUUCUGACAGAGCAGGAGGCUGAAGGCAGCAGCGAGCAAGCCCUGCUUGGGGAUGUACAGCUGGAUGUGGGCCGAGGCAUUAGCCAGAGUGAGCCUGACCUCUCCUGCAUGACAACCAACAUGGACAAGGCUACCACUGAGAGCACCAGCGUCACGGUCGCCAUCCCUGAUGUGGAUCCCUUGGUGGAUUCAUCAGUAGUGCACAUUAGCAACAAGGCCGAUGGAGAAGCCAGUCCCUUGAAGGAGGCGGAGACCAAAGAGGAGGAAGAAGAGGUGGAGAAGAAGAAGCAGAAGAAGGAGAAGCGGGAGACUGGCAAAGCCAUGGUGCCUCAUAGCUCUAUGUUCAUCUUCAGCACCACGAACCCGAUCCGCAGAGCCUGCCACUACAUUGUGAACCUGCGCUACUUUGAGAUGUGUAUCCUUCUGGUGAUCGCAGCCAGCAGCAUCGCCCUGGCAGCCGAGGACCCUGUGCUAACCAACUCAGAACGCAACAAAGUCCUGAGAUAUUUCGACUAUGUCUUCACAGGAGUGUUUACCUUUGAGAUGGUUAUAAAGAUGAUAGACCAAGGCUUGAUCCUGCAGGAUGGAUCCUAUUUCCGAGACCUCUGGAACAUCCUGGACUUUGUGGUAGUGGUUGGUGCGUUGGUAGCCUUUGCCCUGGCAACCAACAAGGGGCGGGACAUCAAGACUAUCAAGUCUCUGAGGGUACUUCGAGUUCUGCGACCCCUGAAAACCAUCAAGCGCUUGCCGAAGCUGAAGGCUGUGUUUGACUGCGUGGUGACCUCCUUGAAGAAUGUCUUCAAUAUACUGAUUGUCUACAAGCUCUUCAUGUUCAUCUUUGCCGUCAUCGCUGUUCAGCUAUUCAAGGGAAAGUUCUUUUAUUGCACCGACAGUUCCAAGGACACAGAGAAGGAGUGCAUAGGUAACUACGUAGACCAUGAAAAAAACAAGAUGGAGGUAAAGGGCCGGGAAUGGAAGCGUCAUGAAUUCCACUACGACAACAUCAUCUGGGCCCUGCUGACCCUCUUCACCGUCUCCACAGGGGAAGGAUGGCCUCAGGUCCUGCAGCAUUCUGUAGAUGUGACAGAGGAGGACAGAGGCCCAAGCCGCAGCAACCGCAUGGAGAUGUCCAUCUUUUAUGUGGUCUACUUUGUGGUCUUCCCUUUCUUCUUUGUCAAUAUCUUUGUGGCUCUCAUCAUCAUCACCUUCCAGGAGCAAGGGGACAAAAUGAUGGAGGAGUGCAGCCUGGAAAAGAAUGAGCGGGCAUGCAUUGACUUCGCCAUUAGUGCCAAACCUCUCACCCGCUACAUGCCACAGAACAGGCACACCUUUCAGUACCGCGUGUGGCACUUUGUGGUCUCUCCAUCCUUUGAAUAUACCAUCAUGGCCAUGAUUGCCUUGAACACUGUCGUGCUGAUGAUGAAGUACUAUUCUGCUCCUUGCACCUAUGAACUCGCCCUAAAAUACCUGAACAUUGCCUUCACCAUGGUGUUUUCCCUGGAAUGUGUCCUAAAGGUCAUCGCUUUUGGCUUCCUGAACUAUUUCCGAGAUACUUGGAACAUCUUUGACUUUAUCACCGUGAUUGGCAGCAUCACCGAAAUUAUCCUGACAGACAGCAAGCUGGUGAACACCAGCGGCUUCAAUAUGAGCUUUCUGAAGCUCUUUCGAGCCGCGCGCCUCAUAAAGCUACUGCGCCAGGGCUACACCAUUCGCAUCUUACUGUGGACCUUUGUGCAGUCCUUUAAGGCUCUCCCCUAUGUCUGCCUUCUGAUUGCCAUGCUUUUCUUCAUCUAUGCCAUCAUUGGGAUGCAGGUAUUUGGAAACAUAAAGUUAGAUGAGGAGAGUCACAUCAACCGGCACAACAACUUCCGGAGUUUCUUUGGGUCCCUCAUGCUGCUUUUCAGGAGUGCCACGGGGGAGGCCUGGCAGGAGAUUAUGCUGUCGUGUCUGGGCGAGAAGGGCUGUGAGCCUGACACCACCGCACCCUCAGGGCAGAAUGAGAGUGAGCGCUGCGGCACAGACUUGGCCUACGUCUAUUUUGUCUCCUUCAUCUUCUUCUGCUCCUUCCUGAUGCUCAAUCUGUUCGUGGCUGUCAUCAUGGACAACUUUGAGUACCUGACUCGAGAUUCCUCCAUCCUGGGACCUCACCACUUGGAUGAGUUUGUCCGUGUCUGGGCAGAAUAUGACAGAGCAGCAUGCGGCAGGAUCCCAUAUAAGGAUAUGUACAGAUUAGUGCGGGUGAUCUCGCCUCCUCUGGGCCUGGGAGAGAACUGCCCCUACAGGGUGGCUUGCAAGAGGUUGGUCCUGAUGAAUAUGCCAGUGGCUGAGGACAUGACAGUCCACUUCACCUCCACACUUAUGGCUCUGAUCCGGACAGCUCUGGACAUUAAAAUUGCCAAAGGUGGUGCAGACAGACAGCAGCUAGACUCGGAGCUACAAAAAGAGACCCUGGCCAUUUGGCCCCACCUGUCCCAGAAAAUGCUGGAUCUGCUUGUGCCCAUGCCCAAAGCCUCGGACCUGACUGUGGGCAAAAUCUAUGCAGCAAUGAUGAUUAUGGACUACUAUAAACAGAGUAAGGUGAAGAAGCAGCGACAGCAGCUGGAAGAGCAGAAAAAUGCACCCAUGUUCCAGCGCAUGGAGCCCUCCUCACUGCCUCAGGAGAUCAUUGCUAAUGCCAAAGCCCUGCCUUAUCUCCAGCAGGACCCUGUUUCAGGCCUGAGUGGUCGAAGUGGAUACCCUUCAAUGAGCCCACUCUCCCCUCAAGAAAUAUUCCAGUUGGCUUGUAUGGACCCAGCUGAUGACGGGCAGUUCCAAGAGCAGCAAUCUCUGGAGCCAGAGGUUAGUGAAUUAAAAAGUGUGCAGUCCUCUAACCAUGGCAUCUACCUUCCUCCGGACACCCAGGAGCAUGCGGGAUCAGGGAGGGCGUCCUCUAUGCCACGUCUGACUAUGGAGCCCCAGGUGGUAACAGACCCUAGUUCUAUGCGACGCUCAUUUUCUACAAUUCGGGACAAGCGUUCAAACUCCUCCUGGCUGGAGGAGUUCUCCAUGGAGCGUAGCAGUGAAAACACCUACAAGUCACGGCGCAGAAGUUACCACUCCUCCCUGAGGCUGUCAGCCCACCGCCUGAAUUCUGACUCUGGCCACAAGUCUGACACUCACCGCUCAGGAGGCAGGGAGAGAGGCCGAUCCAAAGAACGAAAGCAUCUUCUCUCUCCCGAUGUCUCCCGCUGCAAUUCGGAGGAGCGAGGGAACCAGGCUGACUGGGAGUCCCCAGAGCGUCGCCAGUCCAGGUCACCCAGCGAGGGAAGGUCACAGACCCCCAACAGACAGGGUACCGGUUCCCUGAGUGAGAGCUCCAUCCCCUCCAUAUCCGACACCAGCACCCCAAGACGAAGUCGUCGCCAGCUUCCACCUGUGCCACCAAAGCCUCGGCCCCUCCUCUCCUACAGCUCCCUGAUGAGACACACUGGAGGCAUCUCUCCACCUCCUGACGGAAGUGAGGGUGGAUCCCCACUGGCCUCUCAAGUUCUGGAGAGCAACAGCGCUUGUCUGACCGAGUCUUCCAACUCCUUGCACCCCCAGCAGGGCCAGCACCCUUCCCCACAGCACUACAUCUCCGAGCCCUAUCUGGCCCUCCAUGAAGACUCCCACGCCUCAGACUGUGGCGAGGAGGAGACACUCACCUUUGAGGCAGCCGUGGCUACAAGCUUGGGCCGGUCCAACACCAUUGGCUCUGCCCCACCCCUGCGGCACAGCUGGCAGAUGCCUAAUGGGCACUAUCGGCGGCGGAGGCGUGGGGGGCCUGGGCCUGGCAUGAUGUGUGGAGCUGUCAGUGACCUCCUGAGUGACACGGAAGAAGACGAUAAGUGCUAGAGGUUGCCAUCCCCUCCGAUGCAUGCUCUUCUCUCACAGGGAGAAAACCAAGACCAAAUUGGGAAAGCCAGUGCGGCCCGGGGGGGAGGAAGAGGGAGAAGGAAGAUGAAGAAAGGACGCCAUGCAUCCUCGAAGAAGAGGAAGUAAAAGACAGAUGGAAAACCAGUCAAACCCACCAAUUUGUGUCAUUUCCCUUUGCAAGAUGGGCACUGCCAUAGUCCUGCCUCUUUGCUGGGGAAAGAAAAUACAGGAAUGUGGGGGGUUAUUCCCAUGGGAGAAGGGACAUGAAGGUGGCUUGGUUUCCCUUGCCCCUUCCCACUUUUCUAUAAGCUGCAGCAGGAUCUGGCCGACCUGUGUCUAAGCUCAUUGCCCUGAGCAGCUGGGAAGACUUCCCAGCAUCUUAAAUGAGGGAAGAGGGGAAACAGUAGGAGAAUUUCCUCACCAGCUCUUGGUUUUGGCUGCCCCCAGGGCAACCACAGCAGUAUCUCAUGCAUUAUCUCGGGGCUUGCUUCCCCUCCAAAGAGACACACACUGAGUCAGAAGCACUGGAUGCUGAUGGGAGAAGGGAGAGAGGGAGGGAGGGAGGAAAAGAGGGAGAGAAGGGCCGGAGUAGAAGGGCCCAAGGUGCUGUAGCAACAGCAGCAAGGGCUGGUCUGGGUGAGAAAAGCCAUAGCCCAGCAGCCCAUACCAUGAAGGUGAGGGCCAGAGAAACAGAACCGGAGGUGCUGGUGGGUUCAGUCCUAGGUUCUGAGGUCUGUCGCCCACACAGUAGGUGCUGUGGUAGGUAGGCCAGACAGUGAGGUUCCCCAGGGCCCACAAAGGUGCCUGUAGCUCUGGUAAGGGUAAUAGUAACUCCAAUAGCCAAGGCACCAACCCCAGUACGGUUCAGCCACAGUAUGAGAACCCUGUGCAGUUCUCAACCUUGGCCCUUUAGAUACUAGUCAGAGGGAACCCCAAACAGUAGGAGCAAGGGGGAGGGGGAUACCUAAAGGAUUCUAGGCCGACUCCGUUUUCCAACAAGCAUAAGAAGAACUCAGUGUUGGUGACAGGACCGUGACCACAGUGGGCUGGAGGCAGCAGGCCUCUGUCUAACAGCAAGGCUAGUGCUAAGCCAAUCCCAGAAUGGUCAAGUCUUAGCAGCUAAGUGUUCUCUGCCACUUCCCCAAAUGGACAGGGAACACAAAUCCCAAGGGGGUCACCAUGUAGUGACUUCUCUAAAGAUGAGGAACACUGGUAGGCCAAAACAAGAGAAAUGUUCCUUCCCUGAGGGUGUCAGUCUGAGGAUCCCUUGCAAGGGGAAGCCCUUGCGCUGGAAGCUUGUGCAGCUGGUUUGGGGCUUGAGGAGUCAGUUGAUAAGGAUGCUUUAAGGUAAUUAGUAACUAUACCUCAGUUUUGACCUGGGCUGCUGCUUUUAGUAAAAUAGGCGCUGAUGGGGUCCCCCCACUUCCUCUGAGUGAUCCCUGGGCCAGGCCUGGGCUUCAUCCAUGCUCAGGGUAAAAGAUGGGUAGAAGGCAGCCUCAGGCCACUAAAAGUCAUUCCUAAUCCCCCCAAACAGAAGCAUCGAGGGAAAAUAGGACCCUUCCUCAGCCACCUCCAUCAUUAGUAAUGCAGUAAAGAGCUCCAUUCUGCAGAGAGCACCAACUUCUCUCUAGUAUCAUCAGAGUGGGUGAACAGAUGCCUUCAGAUGGGGACUUCCCUGUCUAGCCUUAAGGACAUUACACUGAAAGCUCAGUGGAGUGAUUCUUUAUCCUGUUCUGGGCUAGGCAGAGACCUGUGGGGCUCUUGUAUAGGGGCAGUCCCUUUUCUCAGAAGGAACUUCUCUUCUUGCGAUGUUUCCUUUCUAUUCUUCUGUCUCAUUCUUUCAAACCCUGGGCUGUCCCAGAACUAUGGCACAGCAGCAGCUCUGAAGAGUCAGGUUCAUCCAUGUGGCUGUGGCCAUUUGCCACAAUCCUGCCUUCUCAUUUGAGUAUCAAUGGAGCUGUAUGAACCACGGUCAGCCCCAAACCAAAGUUGCCCCAGGACAGGUGACCAAUGAGUCUGGCAUAAGGCCUGCCAACUCUCAGACCCUCCUCCAUCUUCAUUGACCUCUCCCACUCAGCACGUGUGCGCUCAGGGGCAGCUGACAAUAUGCGCAUGAGUCUAACAAAUGUGAUGGUUACAUAAGACUGAUGCUGGGCCUUGUGUUAUUUUUUUAAGGCUUUCUCUGCUCAGCCUCAUUUCAUGCCAAAGUGCUGCUAUGGACCUCUUUGUGUGCAAAACUGCUUCCUUAUACCUUGGACAUGCAGCUUUCCUUGGGGGAAAGCCUGCCACAGGAUGACCAUUCUGAGCCAGCAAGCCUGUUGGGUGAUUUUUUUUGAGAAAGUCAAUUGCAGAGAUAUGUCUUUGCCAUUGUCUCCCAGUAGUAAGAGAAUUGUGGGCUGGCAGCAUAAUGGCCAGACAUGGAAUUUGCCUAACAGAAUAGCAUCACUGAAUUUACUAUGCCUGAAAUCUUCCUACACUCAUGGAACUCCUUGAAAAAGCGCUCAGGCACACACACACAGUGAAGCAUUGUAAAAUUAUGAAGUGCUGUCGAGUGGUCACUUAGUUGACCACCUGGUUGUUUUUUUUUUUUGUUUUGUUUUGUUUUGUUUUCUAACACUGGUGAAAUUAUAAACAUAAUUCUUUAUUCAACUUCCUCUAGUUUUCCCUUGGGCAACCCUUACCCUUCAUUAAGACCAGAACAUAAAAUAAUUUUUGUUAUGUUACAAACACACCAUUAUCAUAAUCUCUGGUUGCCUACUGUCUCCUGAUAAACCAAAAUGCUAGCCUUCUCCCUUGGAGUUGAACAGGGCUUCCCUUCCUAGGUAUCAGAGCCUGUGUCUUGUUCUUUAAAAGGAAGCUGCUUUCUCAAAGCCCAUGCUUCUCUUUGCAUCUUUCAGAAUAUAGCAUGACUAUUUGGGGGCAGAAAGUCUUCUUAAAGAAUUCUUUAGUCAGAUGUCUCAUCACCCUUGCAAGAAUAUUGGUCCUCAUUACCUCAAAACAAGAGAGGGAAGACAGAGAACAUUUAAAAAAGGAAGCAAGCCAGGCAGGGAAGUGGGGGGACUAUGUUUGCCUUUUGGCAUGCUUUUCCACUUAAGGUUUCAGAGAGUUUGUCACAUCCUUACCUUCCCAUCUGCAGGAGGGUAUGGCAGGCUUCAAAUGGUAGGAGGGUCAAGCCAGUGUGCCCACUGUGUCAAGAAAACCACCUGCCCAUGAAGGAAGGGAUGGUCCCUCCAGUAUCCGCCAGACUACACAUGAGCCAGGAUGACAGUUUCCAAGGGGAGGGAGUUAUACCACACUUCUACCUGGGGAAUCUGUUUCUACUGUCACUGCUACUUCCUGCUUGUUCCCUUAGCAAGGGCUCAGAUGGAGUUUCCUAAAGAAGUCCAGAUGUUCUGAACUUUUUCCUCCCUUCACUCCGAGGCCACACAAAGCAUACCCUGUAGUCCAGGCCUUCAGUCGGCGCCUCCAUUUUCCACUGACAUCCACACCCCACCAGCACAGAUUCUGUGUGUAAACUGGAGUGUCCGUUAUCUUCCAUCCCAGUCUUUUGUUUUCCACAUGCGAGCACAUCCCGAGAUGGUUAAAUCCAAGCUCACUUGAUGAAGUAACUGCCUCUGCCAUUCAGAUAGGGAAUGCUUCCUUCUGAUGAAGCCUUGUCUGCAGCUCACCAGGUGAUCCUCACCAGGCCACUCCAAAUGGCGUGUAAAGCAUGCACACUGUGCGUGUGCUUAAUGAAGGCUCACUACAGAGAAACUAGUUCUCCUUGGCAGAGUGGAACAAAAUUUUCAUGUAGUCUCAGUUUUUCAUUACAUCUCUUUCCAAAACCUAUAGUUUUUCUUUCACUUUUGAACGGGGUAUCUAGGUGGGUAAAGCAGGGACAUGUUGGGAACUUCAUUUCUCAGCUUGGCUAUAACAUUGGAAACGUUGGUGUCAUAUAUAAAGAAAAGGUGGACAGUGGCAGAGAAAUCAAAUUGUCUCCUGCUGUGCAGAGAUUUUCUGAGUCUUGAAAAUCUGAGUCAGCAGUCUUCAUUAUAAUAAUGUCUUGUCUGUUGUGUUUUGAAACAAAUUCCCCAAGGCCUAAGGCUAGAGAGGCAAAGCAGCCCAUUCCUUGGGGAGACGUCUCAGCCCCGCCCAGCCUAUGUGUCCUUCCAUCCAGGUCCCCAGAGCUUAGCAUGCUUCAGGAGGAGCAGGAAAAUGCUUGAUGAGGCAGGCAGGCAAAAGAGGGUCAGAUGGCCCCUUACAAGUGGCCAGUCACAGCAUGGAUUAACACCAGACAAGAACCCCCAAGGAAUCGGGUUCAGGCCUAUCUUUAAAUAUCUCCACAUUGAGACUCUUCUUUUAACAAAAGCCAAAUAAAAUUAACUUCGGGGUUAUGACCCUACUUUUCCACGAACAGGAACAAAGGCAGCCCCCCCAUGUGAUUAAGUGCUAUCUGUGCCAGUAGCCUUUUGCAGUUUUUCCUCUCUGAACCACACAGAAUGUCCUAGCCAGGUCUACCCCAAACAGAGAGGCAGCUGAUACCUUCUCCACUGUCCAAAGGCUGCUAGGGUGUUUUGUUAGCUGUCAUGACUAUACCCAUAGUACAUAGAUGUACUGCAUGGAGGAAAAGGUCUGAAAAAAAAAAUAGAAUUCUAUUUGCUUUCUGACAGCCAUCUUCCUUGAAUUUUUUUGGUGUCUUGGAUUCCUCGAUCCCCAUAAUUGAUUGUGUCUGUGUCAUGUACAUCCCAGAGACAUCACAUGACACCGAGAAUAACAAAUUCACAAAUUGUUCUAAUCUAUCCCAAGGGCCUAGAAAGCAUCUCUGAACAUAGUUCAAGUUAACUCAUUUAGUGGGAACUCCCAGAAAAGACUAGUAGAAUUUCUAGUAAGGACUGGGAGGCCCUCCCCUUCUGGUUCCUUUCCACCCACACACUCCUAUCAUGCUAUGUAUUGGAGGGUUAGUAUCUUGACCUUCUACAUGCAAAAAGAGACUUUAUAAUAAGCCAUGCUACUACUAUGUAAAUACAUUUUUGGGUUUCAAGUUCUUGUUUAUGGAGUUUUGAAAGAGCUGGAUAGAUGAAGUAGAAAGAAGUAUUGAGAUUAAUGUUUACUUUUAUCUGUUUGGUAGUUUGUGUUUGAUUGAUUACCCAAGUAUUUUGUAAUAGGCCUGCUCUCGGACAGCAAAGAAGGAUAAAUCUGUGUUUUACAGUGUUCUGAAUCUGCUUUCUUUUCUACGAUUAAUUUCUGUCAAAUUAGUGCUAUGAUAAUUGAGUCAAAACCCUGAAGUUACUGUCUCCUCCCAUCUCUAUUCCCACCCCCACCCUUCUUUCUUGUUAAGUGGCCUUGGAUUCUUGUCUUUGCAUAUUCUGACUCUCCUCUUUCAAAGGUCUGAAAAAUACAACCUAGGUUUAUGGAAAACAACAACAAAAACUGCCUUCCCCACCAAAUAGGUCAAAGUCAGGAAAUUAUAUAAUACAGAAUUUUUCCAGAACAUCUUUAACCAAUACAUACAAAAUUUAUUCCUCAGUAAGAAGAUGUGUUUAAACAAUAGAGCAAUCUGAUAAAUGAUCAUCAGAAGAAACGGGAUUAUUGAGUUCUAUGCAGGCUUCACAACUCAUUUGUGCCUUCAGCAAGAAUGUUGAAUCUGUACUCUCUCCUUUGUUAGGAAAACUGAAAUGCCGAUGCUUGGCUAGUUCAUGUGUGUGUUGACUGCUUGUAAGUUAAUAAUCAGGAAGCACUUAAGUCCACACAAGUCAAUUUGGAAAAACCUUCAUUUAUAUCCCACCAAGGAAUUGGGGAACUCUUGGCACUUCCUAUAAGCAUUUAAUCUUUUUUAAGGAAGCCUCCAUCAUAGUGGGGACUGAGGCUAAGAUUUGCUCUUCUUGCCUUCUGUUUUUCAUAUUUCUUUUAAUGUUAUCACUUGAGUUUUUGGCCUUCUUGUUGUUGUUUUUGUUUUCAAAAUCCAAGCUGUUUUCAUUAAUCAGAGAAGGUGAGUUUUCCUUCAGCAAGACUUCUCUACCAUCAUCUUCUCUUAGUGGACACUUACAUCAGCAACUAAUCACAAACUAACACAAAGGACCUUUGCCUAGGUGUCUUCCCCAGCCUGGCUUGGAAAUUUAAGUGAAUCACAUAUAUUUUCAUGCAAGCUUUUCAGAGAGAAGAAUAGGUUGUUCUCUAUAUUAUGUGAAGGAGAUAUUUGAACUUGGCCCAGACAGUUCCACCACUCCCUCUUUGGUUCCCUCAGAUGAUGUCCCCAAACUAAAAAAGAGACAUCAGCCUUAUCUGCCAUGUCUGACUUGGACCUGAUUUUAUGACUCAGUUGUUUCCCUUUCAGUAUUCUUAUUUCUUAUAGGCAAUGGCCUAUAUUGCCCAAGAACCAAUGCUUAAAGCAAGUCUAUCAAGGAUAUUUAUGAGAUGAGCAAGAAAAACACUAUAAAGUGUCAAAGUGCCAUUAAUCACUUUUUAAAAUAACGGUAAUAUGAAAUGAGGGCUAAAUAGUGUAACCUAACUGCCAAUUAAAGUACACAGUAGCUCUGGUCUUAGUUACCUUUGAUAUGAAGUAAUAGACCAUUAAGCAGAUCCCAGCGGGUUUAGUGAAAACCUAGGCAUUGCAUUUUAAUGGCUACACUAGGGGCAAACACUUAGACUGCAGGUUGGACUUUAGUCAGUGUUUUUCUAGCCUGGUGUUUUGUGAGCAAUCCAAAAUUUCUACAAAGCCACCCUAAGUGCUGCAAAUGCAGAGGAACUUCCCUCUUGGUGGCAUUAGAAAGCAAUCCAAGUCCACUCAUACUGAGUCCAAGAUUUGGAAUUCACCCAGAAAAAAAAAUCAGCAGAGGAGAUACACGUGCUGCACCCAGUAUAUCUGACAUCACAUACCUGGGAUGAGUGGGUACGGAGAGAAACAGAGAUGCCGUCCAACGAAGACAAAGUUGACGUGGGAGAUAUGGAAAGUCCCAGAAGAGGACAGGCUUUAAGAUGUUUGGCUUUUGGAUCCUGCUUCUCACUUAGAUUUGGGAUAAACUCUUUAGCAUGGCAUUGGAUUCAGAGAGGUUGCUUUUGGUAAACUGACUUGAAUCCUCAGAGUAUUAGUAGGUUCAAGAAUAUCCUUUCCAGCCCCGACAGAUGAAGGGAAAAAGAACAGCCCAAAGACAAUCUAUGACUUCAGUAAUUCAUAUAGUAAGCCAACAUUGGAGAGGCAACAUUACCCUUCCUGGUGGCAUCUGUGCCAUACAAGGGAAAAAGAGCCUGUGACUGGACAGGAGGUGUUUUGUCAGGAAUAGAUUUCAAAUGGCAAGUUGUGCUCAAAGGCCAACAUCGCGACAAGGGGGUGGCAUAGUGCCUAGGUCAUCCCCUCAGUCCUUUGGGACCCAAGGAUAGGGCCUUGAUCUGAUCUUAGAAGAUGAUCAUGUAGGAAGGGAUCAAGAAGGAAACUGGGUGCUCUGCCUCAGGUUGUAAAAAAAAAAAAAAAAUGCUGCCACCCACAUGAUCAAGCAUACGUGAGUCAGACCCAUGAGACGCCCCCUUAAGGGCAGCAUCUGCUGGGGUGUAUCAGCUUGACACGCCUGUAGCAGUGGUGAUUGAAUGGCAGCCAAUGCUGGUCCGCCCAGAGUAUCGGUGCAUCUCGCCUAACACCAGAGUUCAGCACUGCAUGUUGAGCAGGUGGAUAUCCUGUAAUAUAAAUGCUCGUUUGGAUCCAAAAGGAAAACCAUUAAAAUAAAAGAAAGAUGAACAACUUUAUUGUUGGGGGGGUUGGGUCAAGGAAAAGUAAAUAAAACCUUGUUGUAAAGAA